AUGGGCAUACUAAGCUCGCAAGGUGGACUUUCCUCACCUGCCCCAGGGUCGUACAAGACACCGAUGGUAGCGAAGCGCGAGGCGUUCGCAAGUGAUUAUGCGAAUAACGUGUGCUGGUUUGAUGCAGAAGACGACCUCGAGAGCGACGAUGGAUCCAUUUCACCCGUGUCGGAUCCACGGCAGGAUCGGAAGUCAGGAAACCACUGGGCUCGCUUUUUCCCCGAACUAUCAUCGCAUUUCUCACUCGUGUCCCCGAUAAGCACCAUGACACCAGCAACCUCCUUAUCCCUGUCAUCCGCCGAAACACAGCAUUCCACUGAUCCCAGACCCCACGCUGACGAGGUAGGACAGAAAGCUGGUUCCUGUUCAUCGUCCUCGCCGGAGGGUUCCUCGUGCUACAGUCGGAGAUCUUCGGCAACAAGUCUGGACUCUGGAUCCCCAGGGUCCACUAAGAAGCGGGCUGAUACAUUUUCGGUAGUGUCCCCCGCUGAUGCAGGGGUCUUUGAAGAUCUGGCGUCAAUACGACGGCCACCUUCUCGCCCCUUGGUAAAAAAGCUCUCUGCAGCCGAGCUGAGGAAUAAGCCUCUCCCACUCGAGCCUGCCAUUCGACUGACCCCACUCUCCGUCCGUCAUAAAGAUCCACCUAAAAUCCGUACAUCUACAUCCGCUAGCCCUCAGAGUGGGAAGUCAAGGCUCUCUGUGGCCGCAGAGGACUUGGAAAACACACUCUCCGGUUUUAGAGCAGAUUCACCUACAAUCCCUUUACACUUACUUAACGAGCCACUGCAAAUUAGCAGAGGCAAGAUGGAGAUGAUUCCUUCGCGCCCAGCACCACAACCUCCAACCGAUAUGCGACAAAAACGAAAAGUUGAGGCGCGUGAAGAUGAAAAGGCGAGGAAGAACAAGGGGGCUUUCAAUUUCCAUUUGUCAGGUUUUAGCAGAAAAUACAGCCAUCUACAUGCCCGCUCGUGGAGCAGCCCGAAUAUGAGAUCGGAGGCGGGGUCUUCAGCCGUGUGCGUCCCGGAGGACUCCGACUGCAAAGAACGUAAGAGCAAAGAUGACAUGGCAGGCCUGCCUAGCUUCCCAAAUCCGAACCAGAUCUUGGAGCCUCUAUCUCAGUCCAUUGAAAGGGAGCUGCGCAUGCAGCUUCCGCGGCUGCAGGUAAAGGGGACCAAAACCGCCUGCUCACCAAUCCAGGAAAUAGAGCCCAGUACAGAAAAGGAAGCCAUUCAACGUCCCGAGAAGGUGGAGGCUUCGCAACGCCAAAAAUCACCGGAUCAAGUUAUUUUCAAGGAGAAGUUUUUUGUGUCUUCGAGCAAGAUAACGGUUUCUGUCUCUAAUAAUGUGUCUCACCAAAUGGAUAUAGCGGAGCUCCCAGAAAUGGUCUAUGAGCUCGACGGCGGCGCCCCGGAAUCUCAGAGGAAGCCUACGAUUUCAGAUUACCUGCCUACCUUACCCAUGCCCGGGAACCUGCCUGACAAGGUUGUCCUUGCCUUUUUACGCCAAGUGCGCUGUCUUCACAAUGUCCCCUCCCGCGUGGGAACUACGCGAAAUGAGCCCGCCAUGGAGUACCGAAUGCAGAUCCUGGUGGACCCCGACACCCCAGUCCCAGAAUACACCCCUGCUCUGUACCUUCAACGCUAUGCCCAAGAUAUCUAUACGCUUGCUCAACUCAAAUUGCUCAUUUUAACUCGAUGUGAAACGUUUCUGCGCCAGGAAACGAUCCGCGGUCUUACAGGCAAGGACGAUGCCUGCGCCAAGGAAAUUGAUGAUGCCCUUUGGAGAAUCUGGACGUUUUGUCGUAUUUUUGGUUGUGGGAAGAGCCGAGAGGGUGAUGUUGUUGGUCAGGUGGACUGGCUGAACGGGGGUGCUAUGGCUGUGAGCGACCGCAAGCAUGGGGCCACGGCGUCGGUUACCGAGCCAUUCGGCAUGCAUGACAUUCUGUUCGAACCUCCGACAGGGUUUGGGCAUGGCAACAAAGGCGGAUUAUCAAACGAUCAACUGUAUUAUAUGACUGAGAUAUGGACCUGCUUGGGCGUGCUCCUUCAACCAAUCCAUGGAAGAUGCAAAGAAGCACGUGAAGCCGGCAUAUUUGCAGGUCAUCAGGUAGCAGAACAGGACAAUGCUAGGGCGGCAGGUGUGUUAGAGGAAUGGACGUACUAUGUUCUCACACUUGGCCCUUCAGCAGUUCUGAACAUGGCCUGGACCGGCCCCGGAGGCUGCGCGGCGACCUUGAGAAGAGCCCAGUCUAUCGGUUUGACCAAGUGGGACUAUUCCGAGUCUGGAGUUAGCCGCUCGUCCUUUCUCAAGGAAGCGGUUUCGAAAGCCUAUAAGUCACGAUGUGAAAGUCCGUGUCAAUGGCCUCCACGAAAGUCGGAGGACGGUUUCCCUUCUUCUUCUAAUAAUACAAGCUCCCCGUCAAGUGCCAAUACAAGAGCGGCCCAGCUUCAACUAGAAAAUGAACGUCGGAGACAGGCAGCCUACGCUGACCAGCUACGAAACCAACCGAGACGGCCAAUGAACGCAGGCCCCACUCGUUUCCGACGAACGCCCCAUCUCAAAAUACUCAUUCAUCAUGAGCCGCCUUGA